AUGACCUACUGUGUUAUUAAAAAUACUAUUGCUUAUACUUUAAUAAAUCAACCAAAAAAAAUUCUUUUACUAACAAAAGAAGGAAAUAAAAAGGUUUUUGAAUGUAGUGAAUCUAUUAUCGCUCUUGAUAGUUAUCAAAAGUAUGUCAUUGCAAUUAGCUCAAACUAUCUUUUUUAUCUUGACACUAAUGAAGACAGAUUUAGAAGUACAAAACAUCGUCCAUUAACUGGAUGGAAAUGGAUUGGUGAUUGUGUAAUAACAUUAACCCAAAUGAAAAAAAGUAUUAUUUAUGAAACAUAUCAAUUAUGUGAAGCAUUACAUCUUAUUCAAUCAUUAACAAUACCAACUACUUCACAAGAAAAAAUAUCAUUUGAUGUAAUUAAAAUUCGAGAAAGUUCAUGGAUAUUUUCUUAUCAAGGAAAUAAUAAAAUUGCUCAUCUUAUUGAAAUUGGUCCACAAUUAAAACGUGUAUUAGAACUUCAUGUUCCUGUUAAUAGUUAUGCACAAGUGGCAGUUACUGGAGGUUUAUUAUUAAUUAUGAUUAAUUCCAUUGGAGUAUUAUAUGAAAUAAAUAAUACAGCAAAUAAGAUUGCUAUUGUUAAACUCCCUCCUUUUUCAUUAAAUAAUCUUAGGAUUAAUCAUAAUCAAUUUAUUAAUUUUAAUGAACAAACUAUCACAACAUUAAAAGCAGACUUUGCUUUAUUGUCACAAAGUCUUCUUCCAGCAGAACGAUAUUCGUUUUUACUAAGACAUUCAGCUCCACAACGUGUUCUCCAAAAUGCAUUAUUAUCAAUUUUUAAUGAUUUUGCUAAAGGUAAUAUUGAUUUUGAAACAUUAAAAGAUAUUUUUACUAUUUCUUCAGAGUCAUCUGCUAUAUCAUCUGCUUUAGUAGAUUGGAGACCUGAGCCACAAGUGUAUUGUUAUGUUAUGAUUGAAUUUAUAUGUUCUAAUAAAACAAAAAUACCACCUCCAGUGUAUUGCCGGUUGAUAGAAUCAUUAAUUAAUGAUGGACAAACUUCAAGACUAUUAAUGUUACUUCAAUACCACAUUAUUCCUGAUGAUGAAAUUGUAGCAUUACAAUUAGUUAGUAUGAGAGAAAAAUGUGAUUUUGCAUAUCAAUUUGCUAUGGAUAUGUUAAAAAGAAUGAAUAAAAAUAAUAAUCAAAUAUUACAAAUAUUAAUUGCAAUUGGAGACUAUGCAGAAGCAUUAAUAUUUUGUAUAAGUCAUAAAGUUCAAUUAUCAAAUCAUGAUAUUACUAGUUUAUUAUCUCAAGUAAAAAACCCAGUUUUAUUAUUUCAAUUGAACCAAUAUUUGCAAAAUAAUAAUACCAAUUAA